GGAUAUUUUAGGUCUUCUUCAACAUGUAAAUUCAACAGACUGGAGUUUUCACCAAAUAUCUUAAAACAAUGUCAAGUUUUGAGCAGUUUCACAUCGACUUUUACCAGUCUAAUUAUACCAUAGAGGACCAGGAAGAAGGUUGCAACAGCUAUGGCUCAGACAAAAACCCCUGUGAAAGCAGAAAGCGCCAGGCAGAGGAGCAGCCUGCAGGCGGAGGGUUUGUGCCAUCAGACAUGCUGCUGUCCCCACAGCAGAGCUACUCGGGCAGCAUCCUGCAGCCAGCCUGCAGCCCCGACGCUCCUUCCCAGCUUGGUUAUGUUGACGGAUUUGAUGAGGAACCUCCUUUGCUAGAAGAACUUGGGAUCAAUUUUGAGCAUAUAUGGCAGAAAACAUUAACAGUUCUAAACCCCAUGAAGCCUGCAGAUGGCAGCAUUAUGAACGAGACAGACCUCACUGGACCUAUGGUUUUCUGUUUGGCCCUUGGAGCAACAUUGCUGAUGGCAGGGAAAGUUCAUUUUGGCUACGUGUACGGGAUAAGUGCCAUCGGGUGCCUUGCCAUGCAUGCCCUGCUGAACCUGAUGAGCGUCUCGGGAGUCUCUCACGGCUGUGUUGCAAGUGUGCUGGGCUACUGCCUGCUGCCCAUGGUUCUGCUGUCCUCUGCUGCAGUUCUCUUCUCUCUGCAGGGGACCCCAGGAACUGUGUUAGCCCUGUUUAUUAUUGGAUGGUGCAGUUUGUCAGCCUCCAAAAUUUUUACGUCUGCAUUGGCUAUGGAAGGACAGCAGCUCCUGAUUGCAUACCCAUGUGCUUUACUUUAUGGACUUUUUGCACUUCUAACAGUUUUCUGAGAUGUAUUUUCUGGUAGUCUUCUCACAGUCUGUUUAUGGUUGUUGGAGGGACAAGGGUUUAUUUAUUUAUUUUCAGAUUGCCUAGAGUUAAGUUCCAUUAACAAAAUUAGAUUCUCUGAUUUACUGUUUAUUUCUUACUGGCUGAUAAUGAAAUAAAAAAUCAAGCUAACAGGUAGAUAAUCUUAAAAUAAUGGUGUUUUGACAGUCAUACAGCUUAAAGAAAAGAAAUUAUAUUGAGAAGGUAGUAAAAGUGCAAAAACAGACAUCAAUUAUAAUUAAAAUUAAAAAUCAUGUUCUGAGUAUUUAUAGUAUAAUACAUAUGCUAGAGAGUAACUAGAAUGCAAUUAUGUAAAUAUUUAAUGGACAUAGUAAAUCAAGAAAAAAUGCAUAUUUAUUUGCUUUAAAAAAAAACAGCUUGCCAUCUUAUAUAAUUACUAAUUAUUGUCCAGAAUUUAUAUGUUUGGGUUUGAGGUUUUUUCUGUGACAAAAGACUGAGUGACCUGGUUUUUUGACAUUGAAGAAUUGGCCAGGAACAGGCUGAUACAACAGAGGGAACCUAGGAAUGUUGUCUUGGUUUUUCUUUUUUCUUUUAAAGAGUGCUGGUGUCCAAAACCCCAUUGUACUGUUUUUAAUGCACAGUAAUGUUUUAUUUUGAAAUUUUCACUAAACCACUGCCUGCUGUAACUGCAGGAAAGCACCAAACAAAGUAAAGGCAACCCUAAAAAUGUCUCCUGAAAAACUGUAUUUGAACAGGCAAAAUAAAAAUCUCCAUCAUUUUAUCUGCCCCUCAAAAAUUUAUUUGCUAUUUUUAGUUUUAGGGGAACCAAACAUUUAUAUAAUGGCAAUAAAGUACAGAAUGCACAAGAUGAUAUUUUAAAAUAUAGUAUUAGAAAUAUCAAGCCAUUAAGAGGAAUUGGAGAUAAGUGCAAUCACAACAUAAAAAAAUCUAAGUGUGAAGUAGAAGAGAAAAUGAAGAUAGUUGUAGAAAGAGCUAGGAAAAAUAAAUGGAUGAAAUAAAUGGAAAUGUGAGGGAAAUAAAUGGUAGCAGAUUAUUUCUUCAGUGUCUUAUGGUGCCUUUCUUCUUGAUGCAUGUUCUUAUCAU